AUGGGCUGGCUACCAUCCUUCAAAAGCAACAGCACACCGCAGCAGCAGCAGGAACCCCAGCAGGAGAAACCUUUGACAAACUACUCCCCCGGUCAGAAGAUACUGUUGCAGGACACCAAACCACACUUCAACGACCCCGCAACAGCACAACAAACAAAACCAGUCAUCGACUCGCAAACUUUCAAGCAGGCAUGGAAUACGCUCUCAUGGAAGGAAUUCACACCAGAGAAACUCACGGAGAUCCCAUGUUUUAGAGACGCCGGAAUGGUAGGGUUCUCCAGUUUAUUCGUAGUCGGAUCACUCAUGUUUAUUUAUCAUAAGAACCCUAUGAAGGCAACAAAUUGGGGGCUAGGGUCCCUAUUGUUAGGAUCCAUGGUUGGGUGGGAACAAUGUAGAUUGAAAAGGAAACAUAGCUUUGAAAUCGCUCAAUUAGCCAUCAAUACUGUCAAAUCAAAGGAAAGACCGAUGAUGAAGAAAGUACAACAUGAUGAAAGAUUAGUCAAACAAUGGGAAGCAAAAUCAGAAAAAGAGAAUAAGAGCUGGUACAAAUUUUGGUAA